CGCCGCUUAAGUUCUGAUCAACUGGACUGCACUGCGCGGUUGGCCUGGUUUCAGGCCAGCAGCUGCUGAAGUGUGAUACGUUUUCUUAAAUCGUGCGGUUUUGUUUAUUACACAUUCCCAUGACAUUCCAUGGAGUCACCAUGACAGUAAACAUAUUGUGUGCUGAGAUAUUGCAAGUGGUUCGAAUGAGUAGCACAAUAGCAGUGAGUCCGACUGGACUGGAGUGGCACCGAGUGAGUGGUCCGGUUAGAACUUGAGAUCUUGAAUGUGCACAAACUGCAUGCAUGAAUUGAACCCAUUUCGUAAAAAGUUAGUACUACUAGGCCUACUCACGGACAACUUGCCUCGCUUAUGGGUAAGCAUGGUCAUGGUAAACAUACCCACAGCAGCACCCAACAAGAGAGAAGUACAGAAGUGAAUUUAUUAGCAGUUCAGCAAUGGAUGUUGUACCCAAGAAGCUGAACAAGCAGACCUUAACACCCUGGACCGACGGCGACCCUUUGCCCCACCAGGCUGGAUCCAACGGUGACAGCUGUGGCGAGGGAAGGGAAUUCGCCGGAGGGUCGGAUCAGGGCGGACCCACCGAAGGUCAUCCAGCCCUACUCGCCGACAAAGCUCAAAAUACAGCAUUUGACGAAGAAGGCUUUUCCGGUGAUUCUACUCAGCCGGAAAUUUCGGCCAGCUCCGACGUGACGUGUUGGACUUUGACAGAUGGUGCCUCUGAUGAUUGGCCAGGGAUGUCCAACGGCAGUCGUGACGAUGCGCCUGAGGGUACAGUUCCUGCGUCACCAUGGGGAGAUGACCCAGGUACCCACCAUUCAGUAUUAGACACCAGAGAGGCUUCAGAACAAGAUCCACCCAGUCCAACCCGACCUCACCGAAGCCAGGGACUGCAACCAACUGCAAACCCAUUUGGGAGAGAUCCUGAUGCGUUUGGGGCCGGCUUCAUGGAUAACUUUUGUGAGAUGUCUGAGACAGAUUUGAUUUUCAGAUCUGGUCUUGUUGAUGAAGAAUUCAAGACAGUUUCAGUUACUGCUGAGGAGGAUGACCUCUGGUCAUCUUUUGCUCAGCCUGACAAAUCAAUAGCCCAGGCCAAUCAGGAAACAGAACCAGGGUCAUGGGACCCCUUCCCAGCCAAUCACGAUUCACCAAAUACAGGGCCAGUGCCAGUACAGUGCCAACCAGAUCCUAGUGGGGAUCCAUCAAAUGGAACUGGACAAGUGACCUCUGAACACAUAAAUGAAGAUACAAGAACUGUAGACUUUCCAACCGAACAGCAACAAUUGCCAGAUACACCGCAAUUGGACACCAACCAGCAUUCCGAUGUAACAGCAUUUCCUCUGGAAGUCAAGACAGAUACCAGUAGUGAAAAGAAUCAGCAUUUGGCCAAUGAGAUUGUGCAAUGUGAUAAUGAAGCCGAGAGUCCGUCCAUCGAAGUCACGGCAUCCGGUGACAGAAUUCAAGUAAAUUCGAACAUUAAACAACUGUUGAAGGAUACAGCAUUCAAAGAGAUAAUGCUUGAUGAAUCAUGGAUGGCAGAGAAGGAUUGUCUUGAGUCCAAGGCUUUUACCGUUGACCUGUGCCACAAAGGCGCCAGUCCGGAUCCUGAGGAAGCAGCUACCAGCAUGGACCUCCUCUCAGACCAGACAAUCCCAGAUGACAAAGGCCAACUGGAUAGCCUGAAUAAUCUGCCGAUCCCAGCCAAGACUGCCUCUGACCUAAAUGCCAACAUGGAAACCAAUGGAGCAGCUCAGGACCUCCUCAUUAACUUUGGGGACAGUGCAGGUGAUAUUGAUGCAAAACUAGUUGUUGCACCUCCGCCUGAGUUUGAUACCAAUUUUGACCCUCUGUUAGCCAAUGUAGAGAGCAAACCUACUUGUAACUCGGAGCACAGUAACGGUGACUUACUGAUGAUGUCUAUGGAGAUUCCAUCAGACAGUGCAGAUCUGAGAAAUCCUGAUCAGAAAACUACUGGUAAUCUAGAUCGAACUGCUAGUGACCUGGAAAGGUUCCUCAAUGAACUUGGGGAGGGCACAGCGGUUGACGAAGACCAGGAUACCAAUGUGGGCAGAACUCCAAGUGAUAUGGAGAGGCUUUUGAACCAGUUGGGAGACGGCACAGCCAUUGAUGAGAUCGAGGAGUCUAGCCAGGAACUGGCUUCGGGUGACAUGAAUGGGACUGUGGAUGGCUCAGGAGAUGGGACAGGGAUAGAGGACAACAAUGAGAACACAAACAGGCCGCGAACACCAAGUGAAGUGGAUAGGUUCCUGAACGAGUUAGGAGACGGUACAAUCAUAGAUGAUGAGGAUAAAGGAGCUGACAAGGAACAAAUUCCUAGUGAUGUGGACAGGUUGUUGAAUGAGCUAGGAGAUGGGACAGUGAUUGAUGAGGUAGGUGACCCCAUAAAGACAAGUGGGGUCGAUGAAGGAGAUGAACUGAAUCCUUCUGAACAGGAGGGUGAUGUACAAAAAAUGGAAGAGGUUGUAGCUGAAGCGCCUAGUCAAGAGGAGAAAUCCGCUCGGAAUACCAAUGAGGCUUGGGAUCAGUUGGUCAGAGAAGGCAGCAUUACAAUGCAGGAGAAUGUACCAGAGCAGUCUAGUAGUAUGAGUGGCAUUCCCUCUUCCCCGCUUGACAGUGGUGAAGAGGUAGACAAACCUGUCCCUGUCAGUGCAAAUACUGAGGAGGAGGUUGUCAAAACGAAUGUUGUGGAUGCCGAGGCAGAGCCUGUGAUCAGCCACCCAGGGAUCAGACUUGAUCGUGAUGCCAAGCGACGAAGCUUUUUUGGAGAGGGAGACUCCAUUGCCAAAGAUUCCGCCUUCCAACCUAAAAUGCCUGAACAGCCCUCUCCAUCUUCACCAGUCUCUUCAAUAAGCAUAUCCUCGGCUCUACCAUCAGUGCCUGUUCUUCCCAAAGUGAAUACUGCCUACCAAAGACCAAAGAACUUCUAUGAGACAAAGCCUCGAGCAGCCACCGACAGUUUCGUUUCAUCCCAUGCUUUGCUGGGACUUGGUGGGGAACAGACCAUAUCUGCAGACACUAAAUCCCGGAGUGCCAGUGAGCCUCCACCGAGCACCUCUACAACAGAAGUGGAUCCACCUGCAGAAGCUAUCACAUUUCCCAGGUCAGAAGAUACUUGCUUUGCCGCUGAGCCACCUUUAGAAGGCGUCAUGUCUUCCCGGUCAGAAGAUCCUGGAAUUGCUGCUGAGCCACCUCCAGAAGCCAUCACAUCUUCUUGGUCAGUCAGCCCUGGAAUUGCCGCUGAGCCACCUUUAGAAGCCAUCACAUCUCCCAGCUCAAAAGAUCCUGGCAUUGCUGCUGAACCUCCAGAAGUCAUCACAUCUCCCAGCUCAAAAGAUUCUAUCGUUACCACCAAGUCGACACAGUUCAUCCGGGCAUUGUAUGGAUCCAAGCCUGGAAGCAAGCCUUCUGACCUGGUUGAUGAGGAUGGUAAGACACUGCUUGAAUAUGAGCAAGAGAGAAGAGAAGUCUUGGCAGCUGUGAAGGUCAAGAGAAAAAAGAAAGUCAGCUGGCAAGGAGGCAGCAGUCAGUUCGAAAACCUGACCUCACCAGACAGUGAGGGGCCUCUCUCACCGACCGGAAAGAGCAGCAUUGUCAAGCAAGAACCAUCCCCACUAAGUCCAGUUUUUCUAGGCCACACCUCUCAGGGAAGUGCCAUUAAUUUUACAACACUUACACCAAAACCUUAUAAGCCACUUGGACAUAGGGUAGAGAUCCCCUCAAAUAAACCAAAAGAAGAUACCUUUGUCCCUGACGUGACAAACUCGACUUUGCAAUUAUUGCCAGAGAAGCCACCGGAUACUGACAGCAAGAGCCCACAGAGUGCUGCUUCAGUAAAUGUAGCUUUGGUUGGAUCACCUGCAAGCACAAAAUCAGACGACAAAAUGAGCAGUGUUGAAUGUGCUCCAAAAGAGCUGGACACACCAUGUCUGAGCAAAACGCCUUCUCAAGAACUUCAGGCUAAGAUUUUUGAAGCUUCUUCCGAACCACCAGGUACUUCGAAGGUGCAACCAGCUGAAAGUAAACAGGAAGGUAAUGAUGAAGCUCCAAUUGAUUUGAAGAAGAUGCGCAGCCUGUGGGAGCAAAAAUCCACCAUGGCAUCUGCAAUGGAAGCGGAGAGUCUGCAUCUGAAGAAAAGUCAUCCCAGAAGAAUGUUCUCCUUUGAGGUAAAACUGAAAGAGGCAGCCAGAGAGAAAACGGCCCCAAAGCAAGCAGCACCUGAAGCAGAAGUUAGGGCAGACAUUCCACUCGAAGAUGACUCAUCAGACAUCAUGCCAAAGGAUCUGGAUGAUGACUAUGAUCGUUGCGACUCCUACACCUAUGAAGUCAUGCCACAGCGCAAAACUGCCAUACUGAGCCACCGGACCUCAGAGAGCAUUAUUGCGAAAGAGAUCCGGGAGCAAAAGGAAAGGGAACAAGAGUUGCUGAAAGAGGGACGCCUUAAAAGCACCACAGAUCAGGAUGAAGUUGACAAGGACAUGCAGGUACAUCUCAUCAAACAGGAAUCCAUUGAUGACAAAGAAGUUCGUCUGAACAAGAAGCAAAACACAGGCUGUAUUGCAGAACUGCAAAAAGCACAGAAAGUACAAGAAAAUGGAGGGUCCAGCAUAGAAGGAUUAUGCUGUGAACCUGAGCAAUCCAGUCUUCCAAUCACUAUAAGGUAUGCAGAACAAAACAGCAAGGGCCCUCAGCUGAUGGCUGAGCCAGAAGUUACACAGCAAACUAUCCAAGUCCAGGAGACACUACCCAGAGGUCAGACAAGGUCGGCAAGCCCAGAGCCAGCAGUUGUCAUAAUUGAUAAGGACAAGGCUGAGGCUUCUGAAACUCAGGAGGUGCCAAGACGGAAAGAAUCCAUUGUCCAGCGGGAGAUCCGCCUGCAGAGGGAGCGGGAAGGAGAGAAUGUGCUGGAGCGCCAGAGAGCAUUGGAAGAAACCCGGACCCGCCGAGCCAGCUUGGAAGGAAGCUCCCACAGCUCAUCUGGUCGCUCAACACCCAUCAAAGGCCUACAAAGUCCGACCACAUCAAGCAGUACAUUUACUCCCAUCAAGAUUGCCUUAGCACCCGCUGGUCCUAAGAGUGCCCCUAUCAAGCCUGCCUUAACACCAGUCAGUCCCAAGAGAGUUGACAGUCCCCUCAUGACAGCAAAGCCCCCAGAGAAGCCUCCACUGGUCAGGUUUGGUCUCAGCUCCGUGGAUUUGGAACCCUACAGCAGCUAUCGGGAAUACCAGAAGAUGCUACGAGGGAGAAAAACUGGCGAGAAGUCCAGUGAUAAGCCUGGACCGAUGAAGGCAACAGAGGGCAGUGUUUCAGUUAAACAGUCGCCUGUGGGUGCUGCCGUUAAGGAAAUCACAGCUAAAGAGCAAGGACAGCAAAGGCCUCCUUCGCCAAUUGUAGUCAGACCACCCUCGCCACUCUUGCGAAGACCUCCAUCCCCAGCACCUCACCGAGUACCUUCCCCCGUUGAGGAGCCAAGCUCCCAAGACACAACGGACUCGGCACCCAGUAAGCCAGAAACUUUGGUCCAGAGGGAGAUCAGGCUGGCCAAGGAGAGGGAAGCGGAACUCCAGAAGGAGCGGGCUUCCGCCAACCCAAGCACAGACCUGAAGAAAGCCUUCGAUGCUGACAUCUCUGAGGUGGUCCUCGUGGAGAAGACCCCGACCCUGGAGAGGUCAAAGGUUACUGAAAUGGCACCGGUGACACCAAGGCCACAGGUCACCCAGAGUCCAAGGUCUGUGUCAUCACCAGAGCAGGAGGUCGUUGUAAUGCGAAGGGGGGGAGAGACGCCAAUGGAGAGAGAUAUCCGAUUGGCUGAGGAGAGGGAAACAAUGCUUCGAAAGGAAAGAGGUUUACCCCUCAAAGCUUCCAUUAACACCACCGCCACUCAAGCUGGCCGUACUAAACCACCUGCCCAGCCCAGCCCCCGGCCCCUCCCCCCAAACUCCCCCGACUUCCCCGACUCGCCCGCCUACUACCUCAAAACUGUCAACUAUUACAUUGAGAAAGAGUUUGAGGAGGAGAGGCGACGCGAGCUGACCCUCAAAGGGGAGGGAAAAAUCAGAACGCUGUCGGUGUGCGAGGACUUGGCGCCCCAGGACACAGAGGAAACUCUCAGUCCGGUGAAGCGAUCACCCUACUCCCAAGCAGAGAGCCUCAUCCAGCAGGAGAUCCGCCUCCAGCAGGAGAGAGAGGACCAGUACCGGCGCGAGAAGGGUCUGAUGUCACCUACCUCACCGAGGCUGACAGGAGACAUGACAGACAGUACAAUGCAGGGGGGUGCAGAGGGAGGGGAGAUGGAGGAAACUUCACCGUCGAGUUCAGAGAAACCAACGCCCAAGUACCGACCACAGAGGCGGAGCCUCAUCAUGGCACAGCAGUGGGAGGAGAAAUUCAAGUAAACGUCCACGCUGCCAGGUCUCUUGUCGAAGUAUUCAAACAAAGCCGAAUUCCUGCCAUCUGCAGAAAGGCAGACCUUUCCCACCAGUGGUAAACUUUCCCUAUUGCCUGUACGUUAAAAUCACUAAAUUCCGAGACUCCAAGUCAAAGACUGGUAAGCACAAAACAUUCAAGUCAGUAAACCUAUGAAGAAGUACGUGUAUGUAUUAGAAGCUGUGAAACUCUGUUCAUAGGAAAUGGCUUUUCUCCUAACGGUAAGCUGAAAUUCAGUUCAGGUGGACUACUAAUGUGUGCGGUGCUGUUCAUGUGAACAUUAAUGUACCUGUAUUGAAAUUGAUUUAUCAAAAUUCAUUCUAUUAGCUGUGCUCGUGCUAUUUUCUCAUGUUAGGGGGUGACACAGCCAUUUGUCCAACCCUGCAGUUCAUCUGCAGGCUGCGGCUGUGCACCUAUGUGCAUUGAAUCAGGGUCAGUAUCAUGGGGGCUGAUUGUCAGCCGUUGUGCUAACGACAGUAGAGAAAAAGGGUGACUCCAAGAGCAGUAUGAGUCUAUGAGUGCCAUUGCCUGCUCUGCCGGAGAGGUUAGUACACCCUUUCCUCAGAUUUCUGCCUACAGACCCCGUAAAACGGGUGACGGGACAUGUUCAUUUACUGUCAGAUCGUCCUCGGUUAGCACUGAAAUGGAACUGGACACUGUGAACUGUGGCCCUUGAAGACUUGACUUGCUGUCCAGUGGUCUCGGGUUGGAAUCCUCACUGAGUCUCUAUUGUGUGCUUAAACUAUUUUGUAUCAAUACUCAUGUAAACUAUUUUCAGUGUACCAUCAGUUUUUCCCAAGAUUCAGUUCACUUUUGAUAUUCUAAUCAACUGCCUUGCAAAAACUGUUAUAGAAAACGAACAGCAUUGUAUUUUGUUUUGCUAGUAUUUAAAAUACUCAAAGCAUCACCACUAAAGCUUGAUAUGAUUUCUACAUAUCUCUGUAUGUUUGAGCUCUCUGUCUGUAUAUAUUUGCUUAUUUAAAAAUAAUAGUUUGCAAACAAUUUUCAUGGUUUUUUUCACUUGAAUUGUUGCCUGUUUUUUGCAUUGUAUUCUGAAAGGUAUCCAUUUUGUAUUCUGAAAUCACUUACUAUGCAACUUAACAUAAACUGUACAAAUCAUAAAAUCGUAUAUCUGAUGAAACGAUGUAUUAAGGUUUUCAUGGCGUAUAUGUAUACAUGUAACCUCAUCAACUGCCUUAAUUAUCAUUCAUAAAACAUCGGAGACAGUUCAGCCGUUCCUUUUGAUGAAGAACCUUUCAUGUGGUAGGUCUGAAAUGGUUGAUAAAAUCCAUGGCUGGCUGCAUGGCAUAUCACGCAGUACGAGCUAUGCGUAAAAGUGUUGAACAAAAUCCUUGGAAAUUUCUUAAUUUUAUGAAAUUUGUUUUUACUUUGUGACUCAAAAGGCGUUUUAAUGGAACACACAUGUGUGGCAGGAGAAUAGACGCUCGGUAUCUCAGAUGCUGGGAAUGUCCCUCCCCUUCAGCUCGGGCAUUAUCAGCGUCCAUUCAUCUGCUCUGGUCUUAGUUAAGUUUAAGACCGGCCAAGCGCACUUUCAUUCCCUUGUCAAACUCAAGCGCUAUCCUCCAAUUUCACAGAUUGCGAAGCAGAAAAUGUUGCUUAGAUUGUUUUGCGAGCCCAAGCCAUUAUCAGCCAUUAAGCAGACACACGCAGUUUGCACUGCAUAGCAUUUCAGUUCGUACCCUGUUUUCACUUAACAGUCUGAGCAGAUUUUCUGUAUCCAGUAGCUCUGUGAAGUUCACCCCCUGGCCUUGCUUGAUUUUGAGUCACCAAGAUUGCAUAUCAGGCUAAGUCUUGAGACAUCAAAUUUCCCUACUCGUGCCACUUGGCAAAUUACAGUAAUUGUAGAUUUCAUAUUAAACGCUUCAAUCACACUGUACUUUGUUGCCUUGCAUACUCUACUUUUGUAAGUACAUUACUGGGGCAGCAGCCCUGACUUUUGUUAUUUAUAUCAACUUUGUACUUGUCUUGUUCAGAAAAACAAGCAAACUAAAGUACAUGCCCUGUCCCACAGUACUUAAACAGACCUAGUUUUCACAGUACUUAAAUGGACCUAGUUUUUGAUAUUUUUAAUUUGUUUGCAUAUGUAUUUGAUAAUGAAUGGCAACAGAACGACAGCCUGAAGUAUUCAACAGAGAAAAUUUCAUUCGUUUUGUUAUAAGCGGGUUUAGUUGAGUCUACCCUGUAAAAUGUUUCCCUGUUGAAUCGUAAACUGAUCAGGAGUUUAGUUACAUGAGUAACUUAAUGUGCUUGUCGAGAAAAGUUUCAAGUCUGCAAAUUUUGUUGCUAUCACAUCGGUAUUUGAACAUUAAUGUGGACCCAAACAUGCUACUCUACCAUUUGGUCGUUCCACUGCAGUUUUUGAAUACCAUUAGCACUUUUGUUAGACAUGUAUGUGUAUAUGUACAUGUACUUUAAAGCAAUUUGACUUGAAGAUCAACUGAAUAAUGUGUGUGGAGCUUCUGCCAUGGUUAUAGUAUUUUGUUUGCUUGUGGUCCUCCAAAUGUAAAUGGAUUAGAACGAUGGACUCUGAUUAAGAAGCUAAAUGUAAUAUAAACAUAACAGUAGCCAAUGGUAUUUGUUACAUUUCAUAGUGCAAGUGUUGGUAGUUUCUUUCCAACUCGAAGGUUACAUUUUUUUUUUUUAAUACUUCAAAUAGUUUUUUCAACACCAUUAUCAUUGCUGUAUUUCUGUUAACAUAUGCCAAGAAGCCGUAUAAAAGAGCAAGACCAUACUUUGUACUGUUACAUUUCAGUUGAUUACUUGUACUUUUAACACCCAGAUGGCUUUAUAUUUUGUAGUAUAAUUGGAACUAUUGUUUAAAGAGGUUGAGGCUGUUUUGGUAAUUUGAGAAGCUAAAUGUAAGCCUGAUGGAAGCAUGCCACGAUUUCACCAUGACAGCAUUUAAAUAUCCGUAUAUGUUCUCCACAAUUAACAAGUGUCAGCACAUGAUUAUCCAAGACAGUUUGGUUUAAAGAUGUAUCAAAUCUCUUGCGAAGGUGUACCCUGUGACAUACUUAUAGAUCAGAAUAUUUGUUAGAACUUACAAGUGGAAAUCUUUUGAGGGUUUCUGAUCAAGAUAGAACGAGAUACUGUUGUGUUACUAAUUCCAAAAUCAAACAUACAUGUACGUGUACUUUAAUUUUCUGUUGGUCUGCACAUAUUUCACGACAGUGUUGGUUAUAGUGUGUGCUAUUUUCCCCAGCCAAAAACUAAACAAAACGCAGAGAACUUCCAGGAAAUUUCUUAAUAUAAUAAGUUUUUGUUGUGUCAAAUACGGAUGGUUUUCGGUUGCCUUAAAACAACCAAAAUUUGAAUCUAUCACUUGUAAAAACUAGAAGUGAGGGGUUUUUUUUGGGGGGGGAGUGGGUUAUAGUCCAGUACUUCCUGCUUGUUCCUGCUUCAGUACUCUCUUAAUAAAUUAUGUGAAGAAAAGUUUACUUACAUCUGCGUGCUUUAACCUAUACAUGUAAAUUGCCAUCACUGCAAAGUAAUGUUUUCGGUCUUUGACAAAAAACUUAGUGUACUGUAUUUCAUUUCCUUUGUUUGCAGUCAUAAGCUCACUAUUAAGCACGGCUUCCUUUGGCUCAAAGCUAUUUAUGCUUUUGGCUAAAAAUAUUAGCCAACCUAACUUGCAGUUUCUAUUUAGCUGAAAAAUUCUCUGCCAUAAUCAUGCAUUCUCUGUGGAGAUUGGCUGUUGAUCUGUUCCAUAAUACAACACAAGUAUGCAAUUUGUAUAGAAAGGAAGUGCCUGUAUCAAGGUAAUAACCAGCCUACUUGACAAAAUAUUGUAACUAUGGUGUGUGCUGUUUAUAUAUACACUUGAUAUAGAUCAAAACUGUACUAACGCCUACUACUGAACAUUAAAUUUAUUAACAGAGUGAAAAUAUUAAAAACCUGAAAAGGAUCAAGAUGGACAGUUA